CGUUCAUACCAUUUCCUACCCCGCUGCGACUCGCGGUACAGGGAGGUUUAUAUAUAUACUUCCCGUAACCUCAGCGCAGGGCCUGAGCAGCUUUUUUUUGCGAAAACGCUGCUUCGCGCUCGUUAAACAAGCUAUUUAGCAGGAGUACUGGAAAAGUACCCCAAGGUACCCCUACUUGCUUUGAGCUAGGCCGCCUAGCCACCAGCCGCCGCCUCUAACAUGCCGCCCAAAAAGGAAAAGGGCAAGAAGCGCAAAGAGCUGCCGACGGCCUUCUUGCCGGACACGCCCGCGUGGCCCACGUCCGAGGGGACGCAACCCCCGGCGCCGCGGCCGGCGGCGCCGCCGCCGCCGCCGCGGAACAGCGGCGCGCCGAUCCUCGUGCGGACGGCCGGGGGCAGGACCGCCACGGUCAUCGAAAAGAAGCAGCGCGGCUGGUUCGUCUGCGACCUCGACGGCAACGCGAACGAGGAGGGCAAGGCGCACGAGCGCAAGACGCUGCGCCGGCCGCACGGCUUCGCGCCGGGCCAGGACCACCUGCUCGACAGCGCGCCGCAGGCGCCGAUCGUGCCCAAGCCCAAGGGCGAGGGCCCGCGGAAGAAGAAGCCCAAGUCGCAGGCCGGGCCCGGGCCCGUGCCGCCGGGCGCCGUGCGCGCGCGGACGGCGGGCGGUAGGGUCGCGACGGUGCUCUACCGCAAGCAGCGCGGCUGGUUCGCCGUCGAGCUCGAUGGAGACGAGAACGACGAGGGCGGCGCGUACGAGCGGAAGACGCUCCGGCGGCCCAUGUUCGCGCCGGGCCAGGACGAGCUGCUGAACAGCGCGCCGCCGGACCCGAACCCGGCCGAGCCCAAGCCCAAGGACCCGGCGGCGCCGAAGAAGAGCCCCGCGAAGGCGGCGGCCGCCGCGCCGGCCGACAAAGCGGCCAAGAAGCCGUCGUCGAAGCCCUCGGUCCGCAAGCCGUCGUCGGCGCGGCCCCUCUCGUCGUCCUCCGUGCCGGUCGCGGCGGUCAUCCCGGCGGACACGCCGCAGGGCCUCGCGGCGUGCUUCGCCGCCUUCUACCCCGGAAGCAAGGCCGAGGACAAGGCCAAGUUCCAGCAGUUCGUGCUCGACAACACGCUCUGCCCGCGCCACGUGCUCAACAUGCCCGUGGAGAAGUGCGAGUCCAUGCUCCAGCAGCACGGCUUCGAGGGCGUCGUCGUCUUCACGUUCCAGAGCCGCCUGCGCGAGGUGUGCCUGCCCGCCGCGGCCCGCGGCGCGUGA